AUGUUUUUGUCGAAUAAGAGAAAAUAAGAGCUUUUUCGACUAGAUUCUAUGCUUGAUAAGCUUAAUGAAUUCAUUCAAAAUUAGAGUUUAUAAUUAGAGAAAAUAUAAAGGAUAAAAACCCUUGAAUCUAUUGAUUAAUAGAAAUAAUUCUAAUUUAAGAUUAAACCAUUAGAAAUUACUAUUUUGUUUGAAAAGCUGAAUACUUUACUAUUGAAAAGGAAGUCCUCGAUUUUAAUUCAUAUGUUAAUAGUUACAAAAUAUCAAACAGCUUCGAAAGUAAAAUAUAAUACAUAAGAAUCUAUAAAUAUUAAAUGCUUUACACCAAGGGAUAUUAAUUAACAAUCCUUAAAUAGUAUAAGUGGUGGAGGUAAUAAAUAAAAAAUGAGUAGUCAUUUUAGUCGAUUGUAAUAGAGCUAUAACAAAGAAAAUAUUGGCUCAACUCGAUCAUCUCAUUAAAAUAGUUAAUUAAGAUCUAACUGUAUAUACUAUUAAAUUGAUACAAUAAAAGAAAAUAAUAAAGUAAAAAAGAAGGAUUUCUUACUCUCACCUACUGAAACUCCUUUACUUAAUUAGAAAACCACCAAAUAUAAUUUCUUAAAAAAUAAGAUAUAUACUCCUAGUUAUAAUAGAUAAUUGAAAUCUAGUUACAAAUCUUAUCAAAGCUAAAGCAGAGAAAGAGUUUUUAGCAAAAACUUCAGGAAAGGUCUCCUUUAAUUUGAUGAUAAUACUCUUAAUAAUUACUAGAUAACAUAAACAAUUAUUUCUAAUUAAUAAAAUUAAAUUUCUUACUUCACCAUAGAAACAAACACCACUGAAGAAGAGGAUUAAUAGGAUCAACUAUUUACAAAUCCUUCUGAAUGGAAUCAGUAUUUAAUAUCAAGAGAUAACAAAUUUGUUUAGUCUAGAUAAUAAACUAGUGUCAAUACUUAAACUUAAUAGUUAUAAAGAGAAACUACGAAUAUCCUAAAAUCAUGCCUAUUUGGAUUUUUCUUGGGACUGUUUUUGGGAUUAAUGCUCUUACAAAAUUUAUACAUAUUUAUGUGA